CCCUAUCCCAGGGGGCUGCCAGUCAUCGCGUACCCCCGCAGCUUAGCAUUCGGCGCUUUUACUAUUGUGCUGCAAAUGAUGAGAGAGCAGCGCGGUUACACCUCGCCUUAAACUUUGCAUUUUAAGUACCCCUUUCACUGCCUAAGCGGGUCGCUUAUGACACAAAUGGAGUGAGAGAGAAAAACUGAGAGUGAGAGAGCGCUCCGCGGCCAGCUUUACCAGGCUCAUUCUCGGCAUGUAACAUGCACAGCAACAUGAUUGGAAAGCUGACGAUUUACUCAUUAAAAUCACGCCGCACCGCUGCACAUCACGAACGAGGCGGCAACGUGGGCUGAAUGAGUUGCGCAGUUGUGCCUGCUGUUUGUUUUUUGGGCAGCUGGGACCCCGCGAUUUGCUCUGUCAGUGCAACAGAUCAGAGCUGACAGUCCUGUCGUGUUCCAACAUCUCGCGUAACUGAGACUGAUCUGGGAAACCACUUUAAUUUCACACAUAGCUGAAGAGACAUUGCUGUGGCCGAGAAAUGCCACGAAGUGGCCGGUAUUUUACACCUAGAUGAAGAAGUGCACUUUUACGCUUGGGCUCUGGAAUAUCACAGCUUUGCCGGGCAUCUGUCAUUCUUUUUCCUUUUCUGUCUGCCCUGGUGUAUGAGGGUCCGAUUGGACUACACCCACCCUAAAUCGCGUAAGCAGCUGAGCUCAGAGCGCAGCGGGAGUGGAGAGCCCCAUGCAGCCGCCAAGGGAGAGGAGAGAGGUGCGACCCCGAGCUGAAUGGAUGGGCAUGGGGAAAGGGCCGGGACCCUCAGCCCUGGGAAUCGGCGAGAUCCUUUUGGUGUUUGCUUGCAUCUUCCCAGCAGUGAGUUUGCAGUGUAAGAUCCUGAAGUGCAACGCUGAGUUCUGGACAGCCACUUCUGUCUCCCACAACUCUGGAACUGAAGAGGCCUCGGAGCACUGCACAGCCUUGCGAGCAUAUGCCCACUGUGUUAGGAGGACGGCGCGUACCUGCCGGGGAGACCUGGCCUACCAUUCUGCAGUGCAUGGGAUUGAGGACCUCAUGAGCCAGCACAACUGUUCAAAGGAAGGCCCCACAUCCCAGCCACGCACCCGCACUUCCCUGCUAUCUUUGCCUGACAGCCAGGAGCGCUCCGAUGGCCCUGAGAUCUGUCAUUAUGAGCGCAGUUUCCACAAGCACUCUGCACCUCCCAAUUAUACUCACUGCGGCCUGUUUGGGGACCCACACCUGAGAACUUUCAGUGACAUCUUCCAAACCUGUAAAGUCAAGGGGGCCUGGCCUCUCAUAGACAAUAAAUAUCUAUAUGUGCAGGUGACAAACUCUCCAGUGUUACCACAGUCAACGGCAACUGCAACAAGCAAGCUUACAAUCAUCUUCAAAAAUUUUCAAGAAUGUGUCGACCAAAAAGUCUAUCAAGCAGAAACAGAUGAGCUUCCUGCUGCAUUUGUCGAUGGCUCCAAAAAUGGUGGUGAUCGGCAUGGGGCAAACACCCUACGUAUCCUGGAGAAAGCUCCCGGGCAGCAUGUAGAGAUCCAGGCACGUUACAUCGGCACCACUAUCGUGAUUCGACAAGUUGGCCGCUACCUGACAUUUGCCAUCCGCAUGCCUGAGGAGCUUGUCCAUUCGACUGAGGACAAGGAGAGUCAGGGACUGUACUUGUGUCUCCGUGGCUGCCCACUAAGUGAACGGAUUGACUUCCGGACCUUCCGGGCAAAAGCAGCUGAAAAUGAGCCGGCAAUAGGUGGAAGCAGGCCACCUGUUUCUGCUGAGGGAUUCACAUAUGAGUCAGCCACAGCCAAGUGCAAGGAAAGGCUUCCUGUAGAGGAUUUGUACUUUCAGUCAUGUGUGUUUGACCUGCUUACAACAGGAGAUGUGAAUUUCACCAUGGCUGCUUAUUAUGCCUUUGAGGAUGUCAAAAUGUUACAUUCAAACAAAGAAAAAUUUCACAUCUUUGAAAGGACCGGAGAUCUGACACCAGGGAACUCUGCUCCUGGGAGGCCAGAUGUGAGAAGCAUCUCUUCCCUAUGCAUCCUCAUGGUGCUGUUUUGGAUUCAGUGCUGUUUAGUGCAUCUUUAGUCGUGUUUAUUUUGUGUCCUCUUAACUAGGUGGUUUGGAUCUGUGAGAGACACUCGUGCGUUGGGAUUGCACCUCCGCACUGCAGACAGAAGAGGCAGGCUCUUGUGCCAGAUCAGAGCUGGGAUUCCCGGCUCUUGUCCUCUUGCAUCAAGCCUGUUAGAUGUCUGUUGUGUCGGUGGCAGGGAUGGAAGAUGCCUAGUCUUCCUAGCCACAAAAUCUUUGUGUGUUAACCUCCACCAGAAGGCCAGUGAACUAAACAUGGAGUGAACCUGCAACUUCCUUUACAAGAUGCACUUCCUCUCAAGUUGUUAUUACUUCCUGUGUGUUACCUGAGCACGUUACCUGAGCCACAUUCCCUCCCUAUGUGAUUACAAAUAUCUAAAUACUAUUUUUUAUUGCAGAUUGGUUCAAGUAAGUGAUCCCUUUACAGCAAAUCCCAAAAGAAAAUUGACUCUGAGUAGAAGCUGGACUAGGAGCAGUGUGUACAUUUGAUCCAAAGUAGCCUUCUUCUUUACACUUAUUUUAGGUUAUUAGGAGUCCCACCAACAUUUUAGACUUGUGUCACCGACAGCCUAUAAUUCUAAUCUUUGGGCUAGCCCAUGUCUACCUAUUGCUGAGUUUUCAAAAACAAACUGACAGAGCACUGUAGGGUCUGAAUAGCUGUCGAUUCCUUAGGUAAUCCUAGUCAUGUGGGAAGACCAGGCUGAUCGCACCCAAACACUGUCUAGAAGUGUCAGCCAGUUUGUUGACAAAAUAUCAACAAUUAGACAGUAUUCGAGCAACUAACCCCAGAUACCAGCCCACCAGGUCACAGAUGGGCAACUACUAAUUCCCUAAACACGGUUGUCAUAAUUGAGCGAUAGAACUUCAUCAGCAAGGUGUUUUAGGUCAAACCUUGGACUGUUGAAAGGACUAUAACUAUUGGGCUAACUGGAUGCUUCCCAACAUGGCAUCUGAAUCCCAACCUUCCAGAUUCUUGGUAUCAGAUGGAAGUGCCAGACAUAAAAUUGUAGAAUGAAAUCCAACUGCAGGCUACCUGAACCAUUUGAUUGUGCAGUGAUCUAACAUGUUUGUCAAAUUUAACCUUUUACUUCAACAGCUGUGAGAUGCAUUUCUUUAGCUGAAACAGUUAUGCCAAUUCUAAGCUAAAACCUUCCACUGGCAGGACUAUAUAACAAACUCUUUGCUUGCCUGCCUCGCAUGUUUUUUCAUAAAUAAUUCUAAUCCUUGCUGUUAGGGCAGUUAGCACACGUAGAUGUGUGCCUUGGUUGAUAUUGUAGGUCCACCUUGCUCCCCAAGCUCAGAGUGUUGGUUCAAGCUGCAUUAGCUCCAUUUAGAAUUAAGAGUCAUCACUUGUACAGGAGCUCAUUGACUUGAAAGAGGUGUUUGCUGGAUAGGGCAUGACUCUCCAGGUGUAGCAUUUUAGUUUCUGUCCAUACAUAUUUAAAAUAUUAACUGUAUUAUUAUAUUAUGCAUUAUUUUAUGAUGUAUCAUAUUUUAUUUAAGAUGGAAACUAAUCUGUUAAAGUGAUUGCUUAUGGGCUUGCUUUGGCUAAAAAUAAAACCAGCCCCAUAUUUUGGGCUGUUGCAGUCAAGUAGCACUGAACCUGGCGAAAGUGAGUGCAGACUGCGCCUGUAGAACUGAGUGUGCCUCGAGCAAGUAGCUGACAGAGAGGCGGCACUGCUGGGCCUGUUUUGACACCUGUUGCUCCCUAUACCUGGGAGACGCUGCUUUGUUCUUUGCCAAAGAGCAGGACCCGCUGCCAAGAAGUUCUGAAGCAGCUUAACCUUUUCCAUUCCACCCAUUAAGAAGCUUGGGAGUGUAUUUCUCAUCUGGAAUCUCAGGAUGACUAAAUGGAAGGGGUACCAAGGCGGAACAGAUUGCAUAGGUUAAUAUUAGACAUGGCUUGUGCAUUGAGAAAGCAGCGAUGCUAAUCAUUGUGAAACGUCUGAAAAAAAAAAACGGUAAUAACAGGUGGGCACUUUUAAAUGUCAAGCCAGCCAAGUUUCUCAGUCCUGUUUGUUCCCUCCAUCUCUGUCUACUUCUGUUAUAGUCACUUACUAGAAGGGGCUUGUUAUGGGAGUUAUGAUUUCCCACCCAAGUUUGGUGACUUGUAAGAAACUAAAAUAAUAGGAGUCCAAUCAGACCACACAGGUGAAGUCGUAUUUGUCAAGCCAUUGUAGGUUUCACCUGUGGCAGUGGUCAUUAUCCAGUGUUUUGAUUUAGAAGUGAUGAGUUAAUCUACAGCUAAAUCUCCAUAUUUAUAGAAGGGUGUGGUUUUAUCUGGCUGCAUUUUUAGCAUUUUAGAUUUUUUAAAAAGUGAAAUCAUUUUAUGAUCUGCAUGCUAAAUGUACUGAAUGGGCUUGAUAUGGCACCUUUCCUCCCACUUAAUCUAUGAUAUGUGUGUAAUAUUAUGUUAUCAAACAGGGAGUUACGAUUCAGGCCAGAGUUAGAAAGAGCUUUCCAGGAGAUGUUGGAGUAAGGGAGUAAUCAACUUUCAAUUUUUUUUUGUCUGACACCUUGAUAUGAUUUCUGCCACAUGGCAUAUAAUUGGUGUAAGUAUCCAGGCCGAAUUGUGGUUCACAGGUUCAGCUCUGGGAGGAGUAUGGUAGAUUUGUAAGUUCAGUGAUGGCUAAGCAAAUUCAUACACAGAGAAAGUUGAGAAAAGAAGUUCUGAACACCUUAUCCAGUAGAUGAUCAUAGAAGCUGGGGUGUAAAGUAUGCUCUAUCAGGGUAUCAUUGAAAGUGUGCUGUGGGUCAGUCUUUAUUAAAAUGAUGGAAUAAAUGAGAACUUCUCACAACAGAUAGCCAGAGACAGGUGGUCAUGAAGGCAAAGGUUUCUUGUAACCUCUUCAAACAUAUCAAAAUGUCCAUCCAAUUAUUGUGCCCCCGUGUUUUUUAAGUAGAUCAACCCUGGCUGCACAAGACGCAGAUUAAAAAAACCAGCCUGGGAAAUGGCACAAGUCCAUCACAGGUGAGGAGCUGUGAAAUAGCAGUGCUAGUCACUGGGCCACUCAUUCACCAAAUAGCUCUAACAGCAUUUGGUAGAAAAGUUUUAAGAAAGGAAGUAAAUGAGUUACAACUGUCAGAUUAUCUCUCAGAAACACUUUUUUUUGUCGAUAAUCACAUUUUGCCAAUAUUUUUUGUAUCUGAGUGGCUUUCAAGGUUAAGGUUUGAAGGCAGCUGUGGUUUUCAUUGUUUCUUUUUGUAUUACUAAGAUAAUUGGAACUGCAUUUUGGAGGACACGUGGAAACUCACCCCCAGUGGAAUAUCAGAUUUCCCAUUUAUUAGGGAGCAUCGCCAAGUCAGCCAGACACACAACUUUUAAUCAACUCUUUUCCAUCGUAUAUUUCACCGUGUUGGGUUGUCUUGCACAGAAAACAAAGAAAAUGGUUAGCAUCGCCCUGAAGUACUGGUGAAUUCUACCAAACGCCGUUCUACAAAAAUGAUUGUAACGUCAAGACUUGCUUCACUUGUUGUAACUUAUAUUAUGGAUAUAAUAUAUAAACCUCCCAUGUGACUGUACAUGAAAAAGUGGUAAAAGUGUCCAGAUGUAUUUUUCUUUUGGAAAAAAAUGUGUUUACCUGUUGUUUUCAAAGCUUCUAUUGUGUAAAACCGAUUUUGUGACUGUGGAGGGUGGGGAGAGGGAAGGGUGGGGGGCUUUUCAUAAAGGGAAAUAAACAAAUUGGAAGGUGACACAAGCAUCCAGCUUGCGCCUCUGCAUCUUUCUGUUGAGUUCUCUUGAGAGUGAGCUCUUUUGCCUCAGGAGGUGUUGUGGCCAUAUUUGUCUUGACUUGUAUUCUUUUACUCCUUCCAAUGAGGAUGUCAACAUGUUGAGGAGGACUCAUAAUGUUGGAAUUCACUUUAUAGUUAAUGAAGACCCCAAAUGCAGUUCAGCUUUUUGCAAAUAAUCCCUGUGGCUAUUAUAAGGGACAGAUUAGUGUCAAACAGAAGUGACUUAUAAAAAAUUCAAAGCGGGUAAAGAGUAGGCUACUUUUUAGUGCACUCAGCCCUCUGUACUUAACCAUCAGAGCAGCUACCCCACUUACCCAGCUAUUAUUUUAGUAUCCGUGUCAGGGAAUCCUGCUCCAGAUCCAGAAAGCGAUUUGUUUUUUUUAUUCUUUUUUUUCAGAAUUAAUGAGGUGUCCAUAUUGUCCAGGCUGCACAUAUUUGAUCAGAGGAACUAGUCGUCAUUAACGCUGGAAACACAGAGUCCCUGCCAGCAUUUAUGUAUAUUAUCCUCAGCUUGUUCAUAACAUCCCUCAGCCACUCAUCUGUCUCUGUGUGUUAUAGUUGUUGUUCCGUGUGAGGGACACUGAAAUUCACUCUCGAGAAAACUCACAGAUUUUUUUUUUAUUUUUAUAAAGCUGUAUGGAGUGUUGUUUGAAAUGUGUGGUGCACUUCACUGAAAACUGUACUGUUGGAAAUGAUCUCACUAUGAUUCUUGUGAGAAGGUGCUGCACUUCUGAUCUAUGGCUACCAGGGGCAUUAGUCCACAUUAGUGCACCCAGAAUGGUUGGAUUUUGCCAUGUUGUUUUGCUUCUUUUUUAAUGAAAAGCACUUUAUUUUUUUCUUCUUUUUUGCCCAUCAUUGGGUUAAGUUCUUUGUGUGAAUAGUGAGCAGCAAAUGACUGCUGAAAAAGUUCCAUAUGAUUUAUGGUAAAAAUAAUUAAUGGAUAAACACAGUGAAAGUCUAUCCCAUGAAAGAUCAAAGUUGUGUUUGUAUGUAGAAAAGAAGCGGACUGUGACCGCAUGUAUAUAGUGUAAAUUAUUUAUUGAGAUGAAAAUUAAAGUUUGUUUUUGGAACU